UGUGUAACUGUGUUAGUUGUGAGUAAAGUGAACACACAACGCUUAAGUUUGCAGUUAAUUUUAAAACGCUGAUGUAGUUCUGAUAAGUCACCGGGAGAUGGCGCUGUUUAGGCAUUAAUAAACCAUGCAAACUAGUGAAGGGGAAGAGGAAAGAAGGGGGGGGGGGUAUACGAACUGAGAUUAUUAAUAAACUGUUGCGUGUGAAUAGUCAUUUCGUGCUAAUUAGUAAAUAUUCUCCUCACACGGACUUGAAAUUGAAUCGACCAUUUUUAACGGAUUCAUUUAGAUUCACUGCUGUUAGUACACGUGAAAGAUCCGUUAAAAAAAAUAUUCAUUCCAAAAGAUUCGGUUCACCAUCGGCACGUUAGCGCGCACGUGACCACUCUCCAGCUGCUAAAUACGAUAUAAAAUACCGUAAUUGUUAUAAUGUUUUAUAUAAUUGUGUCAUUCAACCAAAGUACAUAUCAGGUUUAAAAAAAUACCCAAAAUAACAAAAAAUGGUAUUAAACAUCUCGUCGUCGUUUUUUUUUUUUGAAUGGCACGAGCGCUGACUGUUUAAUACGGGUCUCGUGACGUCCCUGAGUGCUCGAGCUGUAAAAUGCUAACCGGCUAAUGCUCCGCCUGAGGAGCUGAAGUAAAACUGAAGAUUAAUUUGACUAUUAAUAAAGAACAAUGUCUCUUAAAGACUGUACUUCUUCCAGGGACACCAAUAAUACAGGUGCCACAGUGAGGAGACAGAAGCGGCGCUCCUCCACAGACAGGAGUCUCACAGUCUCACACGGUGGUGAGGUGAAGACCAUGCUGGACACGUUUGGAGCGGAAAUAAACAAGUCGUUUGUGGCUAAGAGGAAGUGUUUAGAGUCGUUCACCAGCUCAUCUCUGAAAACCAGCCAGCAGAAGAUCGAGGCACUGUGGAGGUCUCAUCAGAGAGAGCGGGCUCAGGCGUGUGAGGAUUACAGCACUCGGUUCUCAUCUGUGUUCCAGCAGUGGGAGAGCGACAUGCAGAGGAACAAAGACCAGGACAAGAAACUCACGUCUCUGUUCCAGCGUCAGCAGAUUAUGUUUCAGCAGAUGAGAGCUUCACAAACCGAGAGACUGAAGAUGCUCAAGGAGAUUGUAGAUCACUAUAUCAAAAGCACACAGGCGCUUCAGGACGCUCACGAGGAGCAGAACAUUGUGGCCAUGAGUGAGUUACGCCAGGAGAUGGCACUGCUGCAGAAGAAAAUCCUGAUGAAUACACAGGAGGAGAUGGUGUCAGUCAGGAACGCUCUGCAGUCCAUGCUCAUGUAGGUACUGAUGCAGGUUUUACAGACCAAGACGAGGCCGUGUGUGUGGGUGGGUGAGAGUGUGUGUGAGAGAGAGAGAGAGAGAGAGAUUGAUCCUUUACUCAGAGGUUCAGAGCUACAAAUGUCCUCCUUUCUUCUUCUCAAAUCUACACUCAGGUUCACGCUGCAGUCUGGAACUAAAUAUAGUAUAAAAUAAAUAAAUAAAUCCACUCCCCCCACCAAAUAAAUUUACAGAGAGACUCUGAAUAAACUGUGUGUGAGUAGUGUGUAUAAUUAUACUGAGUGUAUGUGUGAUCACUGAGCAUGUGAUUAGUGCAGUUCCACUGAAUGAGUGUAAGUAAAGUGUAAAAUUUACAAAUGAAUUUUAAAUGUC